AGAACUCGUAGUGAAAGCUCAGCAUGAACCCUUGCACGUGCAGAUGACUUUGCUUUUUUCAUCACAACCAUGAGCUGCUACACGUAAGACUUCACCAAUGAGUGUGAAUUGCUCCUCCUGUUUUCCAGCAUGGAUAGAGGGAAUAUACCAGUCCCUGAACAACACUUCCAAAGGAAUAGUUCCUGAAGCACCAUGGUAGCCUUGAAUGUUGCCGGCCUUCAUGAUGAUCGUCUGCUAAAGAAGAUCUCUACCACUUGCCACCUGAGUGGGAAGGUUACCCCACGUAAGCCCCGAAAGCCUCGGAAGAAAGUGAAGGCGAUUAUCUGUGUUCUUUUUGUGGAGUUAUUUGAGAGGUUCACUUUUCUUGGGAUUGUGUGUAAUAUGAUCCUCUUUUGCACCAUCAAAUUGGGAUAUGACAAUUACCAAGCAGCCACAGUAAACCUGUGUUUUGUGGGAGCCAGUAUACUCACACCUGUUCUCGCUGGAUGGUUUGCAGAGACGUGUUUGGGAAGGAAAAAAGUUUUCUACCUUUGUGCUCUACUUCAUUUCUUUGGCACAGCACUGCUCCCUGUAGUUGCAUUUCCAUUUGACGAUUUCUACAUGGACACACACAAUAUUAUACAUCACCUUGAGCCGCAGAUACAACAUAUUCUCUUCUACACAGGGCUGCUGGCUGCUGCUUUUGGUAUUGGGGGGAUACGUGCUAUCCUUUGUCCAUUGGGAGUCAAUAACCUUCAAGGUUAUAAUCAAAAGAAGAUACUAUCCUUUUUCAACUGGAUCUACUGGUUAGUCAAUCUGAAUUCUACAGUCAUCUUUUUGGGGAUUGCCUAUAUUCAGCAAUCUGUUGGCAAAAACCUGGGCUUUCUCAUUCCCUUCACUUCCGUUCUCUUGGGUCUCAUUGGAAUACAUAUGGCAUGCAGCAAUCUUAUCCUACACCCCAAGAAAGGUAGUUCGUUGCUGACCACAGUGGGUGUGUUUCUAAACGCUUUACAAAUGUGCUGUCUCCGUUAUCGUCAUUUGAGUGGAGAUGUGAGUGACUGGCUUGAUCGUGCCAAAGAGAACAACGGAGGAUGCUACAGUGAGACCAAAGUAGAAAAUGUUAAGAUUCUGGUUAAGCUUUUUCCACUUUUUGGUCUGCAAUUACUCUACCGGGCUUGUAUAACCCAGAUUCCAUCAGGAUACUUUCUCCAGACGAUGCAUUCAAACCUCAACCUUAAUGGUAUCAUGCUGCCAAUAGCAGCUAUGAAUGUAAUCAGUAUUUUGCCGCUGCUAAUUUUAGCACCGCUACUGGAAUUUGUCAGCACCUGUUACCAGUAUUUAAAGAAAACACCUCCCUCCCCAGUCAAACUCAUAAUAAUCGGUCAUGCGUGUGCGGCUCUGUCUGCACUAAUUGCAGGUAUUUCUGAAAUUCACAGAAAGCACUAUCCUCAGAUGGAUCAGACCCUCUCAGGAACAGUGCUUCAAGUGUCCUCAAUGCCCUGCAUUCAUCUUGCACCUCAGUACAUCUUACUGGGUGUGGCGGAGGCCUUUGUCACACCAGCAUGCUCCCUUAUCUCUUUCUGUCUGACUCCCAGCAACCUCAGAGGGAUCUCCCUACAAUUCCUUACUCUCUCCUAUGGAGGAGGAUGUUUUCUGGGUGCUCUAAUGACUCAGUUCUUUUACUUGGUGUCUGGAGGAAGCUUUUAUCCAAAUAUAUUAAACAAUGGCAAUAUGGAGAGAUUUUUUCUUACUUUAGCAAUAUUGAUGGCCAUAAACACCCUGAUAUUGUGGAAAAUAUCUCACAGGUACACAGAUCUGAGUGUUGAAUUGCAUACAAGAGUGAGACAAAGUCGACUGGCGGAAAAGCUUCUACAGUAUAAAGCCUGUUUCAGAUAUUAUACACUGGAACCUCAACAUCCAUAGAGUCUAUUAUUUAACUUCUGCAUGGUGUUCAAUACCUUAUUGCAUGUUUUACUGUACUACAUGGAUUUAGCAAAGUAUUGCUGCAUUAUGUUUAUUUAAAAAAAAAAUCAUUGUGGCGCUGGCGUUACACACAACAUUUUAUAGAAGUAUGUGCUUCAAACGUGUUUUCUCCCACAAAUAUGCCUCUUCAAGCUGUGAAACUGUUUAUUAUUGCAUUAACUUAAUGAAAUUCUUGGUGCUACGAAUCCCUUAAUGUGAAUGAACCACCACUGGCGGCAUACAAUAAAGUUGCUUUAUAAUAUGAAAAGAUUAUUUCUGUGAGUGGCUGACUUGACAAAUCUAUAUAAUAAACAUUGUUUCAUCUAUUAGAGUAAUAUACGUUAUCACUGAUGUUAACUUGCGGAUUUUAGGUUUUGCUAAGUGUCAUUCAUCUCUAUCAAUCCACAUUUGAGGUACAUAGGUUGCCAGAAAUUUCAAAACCUCAAUGAAGCUCUAAAGCAAAGUGGGGUCCGUGGUGUAACAAGAGCAAUAAAACUACUUCUGUAGGGGUUCCCAAAAUAGGAGUCAAAAACCACAUAUGGGGUCACUUGAUUUUCUAAUGGAGUCACCAGAGAAACCCACAGUCUCCUCUUUCAGUUUUAUUCAUUUAUUUUACAAAUUCUCAUCUUUUGUCCAAAUUGUCCAAUGUGAAUGGGUGUAUGAGUGUGUAUGUGAUUGUGCCCUGUGAUGGGUUGGCACCCCGUCCAGGGUGUCCACUGCCUUGUGCCUGAGUUCCCUGGGAUAGGCUCCAGGCACCC